AUGACGUAUACAAAGUUAAAAAAGUAUCCCGUAUUUUUUCAAACAGAAAUCGUCCAAGCGGCUAACUUCACCUCCCUUUAUAAUGAGUACUAUGGAAGUGGUGGUUCUAAUGAGUAUUUCACAGGAAAUAAUUAUGGAAAGGCGGGUUCAGUCGUAUGGGUGUUUAUUGUUAUGUUGAUUACAUUUUUAGGUGUUGUUGCAUAUCUGGCCUUAUUCUUCACGGGGUAUAUUUGGGAAAAGAGGCGUGAGAUUUACUUUAUCGGAUUUGACGCUAUCUUCUUUGUAUUAUGGUUCACUGAAGUCUUUACGAACCUAUAUUGGGCCUACAAGGGGCAAGACAGUAUAUGUUACAAUUAUACCGAUUCUUCGAAUUCCAAACUGAAUGCCAUCUGUGGGUCUUACAUUGCUUCGAAUGUUUUUGGUUGGUUCCUCCUGAUAACUUUCAUAUUAGGAGCAGGUCUCUCCUUUAAAAUUCAUCUUGAUUCAAAGAAAGAGAAUUCUGGUGAUAAUAAUAUGCAACAAGUACAGCAAAACCAACAACAAAAUUAUCAGCAGCAGCAAUAUAAUCAACAAACACAAUACCAACAACCACAACAACCACAGUAUCAACAGCCACAACAACCACAACAACCACAGUAUCAACAGCCACAACAACCACAGUAUCAACCCCAACAACCACAACAGCCACAAUAUAAUCAACCACAACAGCCACAGCAAUAUAGUCAACAGCAAUCACAGCAACAUCAAACACUUAAUCCCCAAUAG